CAUUUCUAAGAAUGUAUACGCACGAUAUAUGCAGCUGAUUACGAUGGGGCCAACUUUUCAGCUAUGUAAACGUACGCAUUUAUAUUUACGCAUAGCGCAGCAUACCAGUUACAAAGUGGAGACAAAAUUCGGGACCAUUCUCGUAACUUUACCGGAGAAAAACUGGCCCUAGGAUUGCUUUUUUCCUGUGGAAAACUCGUAAAGAAGAUACAGUCUGGUCGAAGAGGAUCUGUACUGAUGUUGUGAUGGAGUGGAAUAGUUAUUAAAGAUGUUUGGGACCUAAGGAAGUGAGCAUCAGAGGUUCUCAGAAAUUGACUGGUCUUAACAACUGACGUUGAUCAUUCUACUUUAGUUUCUUUCUUGGUAAAACCAAAGGACAAUCUAGGCAGUCGUAAAGCCAUCAAGUCUACCUGCAGUUCUUCAUAAUCUUCCUGUAUUCUCAAUGCGGUGAUUGGCCAAGAUGGAUUCUAGAGGGCGGUAUAGUCUGCGGAGAUCAAUCCACAGUCUUCUUAUAUUGUGCCUGUUCAGCUUGAGAUUGACGUUAGCAGAAGCGGCCGUUACCUCCGCACAAGAUAUAGUCCCAUCUAGAAGCAGCCCACGAAACCUCAGACUGACCCCAACCAAGUUAACAACAGUGACCCUGAAAUGGGACGCUCCACUCAAUGGAGGGGUGUACAACUAUGAUGUUAACUACUGGAGGGGGCAAGAUCAGUCACAGGUUCGGACCAAAAACGUGUCAAACUCCACGUCGUGUGAUGUGGGUGAUCUACAAAUCCGCGUCAACUACACGUUUUCUGUCAGUAUCAGUGGGAGUCCUGAACUCGUCACAAACGAAGUCACAGGAUCUGGAAUCUCGCCAAGGCCACCAACAAUCAAUAAGGAUGGCCGUAUGAUCACAGAACUGAAGAAAGUGGAAACAGAAAAUGCCAAGUUUCGGUGCUCUGUUGACGCUUACCCUAAACCUAACAUUACCUGGUGGAGAGGUAACGUCCGUCUUGAGACGGGGGACGACAGAGAGGUCAAACGGGCCACUAUGACCAUCAACGACGUCGUGGUAGAAGACAGCGGUGUCUACAGCUGCUAUGUAACCAAUGAUUACGGAGAACUCAGGGUCAAUUUCACAUUGGAGGUCGACCCGGACGAUUCCGAGGUCUAUUUUUCAUCCAAUUCCGAAUCUUCCUACGGCGCGAUUGAAUCAACGGUUUCAGAUCUGGAGCCCAUGGCGCCCGAGUUCAACAAGGACAAGUACAGGUUUCAUGACAACAUGCUGAAGGUGGCCGGCGAGAGGCUCACAUUGAAGUGCCCUUACAGAGCCAAUCCACGACCAACGGUGGUCUGGACCAAGAAUGACAAACUGAAUUGGGAGCAGCAGAGUAAUUUCAGAGAUAGGGUGACAAUUAACGAUUUCAAACUGAUCAUUGAGAGACUCAUGCCAUCCGUUGACCAAGCCAAGUAUACGUGUAUCGUCACCAAUGAGCUUGGUUCUAUUGAACACACAACCAUUAUUGAUAUCACAGAGAGGAUAGCCACUCGUCCAAUCAUAUCCCAAAUUGACGACCAGGAGGUGGUUGUUGGGAGCAACGUUUCCUUUGAGUGCAAAAUCGUCAGCGACGCAACCCCGCAUAUUGUGUGGUUGAAAAUGGAGAAGCCGGGCAACGUUUCCCAACUGCAAACCAUGACAGACAGGCUAGACUUGAUUGUUGAGAAAUGGACGCAGGAAUUGUCUAAGAGUUGUUCUGAAGUCAUGAUGGAAUAUCUGUCAAAUUUCACCCAGCAUUGGCAGUGCAUAAGUAACGAUGAGCACACGUCACAGAACUUGAAGGUCCAGACACAAACCUUGAAGAUCUACAACGUCUCGUUUAAGGACUCGGGGCUGUACACAUGCCUGGCCGGCAACUACCUUGGAAUCACUAGAGCGAGUGCUACACUGUCUGUCAUUGCAGUUACCACCCAUCCACCACCUACCUCGGCUCCAGUCGUCGCGAUAGUUCGGCCGGGUCAUUGGGACCAACAGAAGACCGUCAUGGUGGUAGCCAUCGUCUGUAGUUUCAUUAUCCUGAUCCUCUUCUUCUUCAUCUUCAUCAUGUGUUACAAGAGCAACCAGCGACACACCAGGAGUCCCAUGAGGGUUGUGAACAAGACUCAACUCAUACGGCAGCUGUCGACAGAGUCGGGUCACUCUACAGCUCCUUUGGUCAUCGGACGCUCACGUUUAUCCUCGUCCCUCACUGUGGUGUCGGAGUAUGAGGUUCCGUUGGAUCCAGAAUGGGAAUUCCCACGUGACAGGUUAACCCUGGGUAAGGCUCUGGGUGAGGGCGCAUUUGGCAAGGUGGUGCUAGCUGAGGCUGUGGGUAUCAGCAACAAGGAACAGACAACAAUGGUGGCUGUCAAGAUGCUUAAAGGGAAUGCUACAGACCGUGAGUUAUCUGACCUUGUGUCAGAGCUUGAGAUGAUGAAGAUGAUUGGUAAACACACAAAUAUCAUCAAUCUGCUCGGAUGCUCAACUCAAGAUGGUCCUCUGUUUGUCAUCGUUGAGUACGCUCACCAUGGCAACCUACGUGAUUUCCUCCGUCUUCGUCGACCACCAGAUAACAAUGAGAUGACCGUCAUGUUGCCAGACCGUGAGCAACUGACCAACAAGGAUCUGAUCUCCAUGGCUUACCAGGUGGCUCGUGGGAUGGAAUUCCUAGCAUCCAAGAAGGCUAUCCAUCGUGACUUGGCUGCCCGUAACGUCCUGGUCACUGAAAACUACAUCAUGAAGAUAGCUGACUUCGGCCUCGCUAGAGAUGUCCAUUACAUCGAUUUUUACAAGAAGACUACUGAUGGCCGUUUACCAGUCAAGUGGAUGGCACCGGAAGCCUUGUUUGACCGUGUCUUCACUACUCAAAGCGACGUCUGGUCCUUCGGUAUCCUACUGUGGGAGAUCAUCACUUUGGGCGGCACCCCGUAUCCCAGUGUUCCGGUUGAAAAGAUGUUUGAUUAUCUGAAGAUGGGAAAACGUCUUGAGCAACCUCAGAAUUGCUCCUUGGAGAUCUAUCACAUCAUGAGGGAAUGUUGGCACACAUCACCAGGACUUCGACCGACGUUCUUUGAUCUGGUCGAAGACCUGGCCAGGAUUAUCUCCCUCGCGUCCACUCAAGAUUACCUUGAUCUUGAAGCCCUCGGUGACGCCCCAGUGACAACCUUCGUGGAUGUUGAGUUUGACUCGGGUAACUCAAGCCAACACAGUCGGCACAGUAGUGAGUCCACUGUUUGAUCGACUUGGAUCAACGCAUUCUAGUGAAAGACCUCCCUCUAGUGCUUGUAAUGUCCUGGCCGUAGCAUGACGGUGAAGAUUCCGUCUGAGACCACCUUGUGUAAACGGAAUCCCACCUUCUUUAAACACCGUAGUAAACAUCUACUGCUCCAACCAACGAGAUGAGCUGUUCUGGAAAAAAAAAAUUGGAAAUUGUGGUCUUUCCUAGUGAACCUUCUAGUGUCUUUGAGACACGCCUUCCUCUUGAUAAAGAGUGUCUUGGCAAAACAUUCAAUUCGCUGUUUGGUGCUCUAAUAUUGAAUGCUACAAAAGUGAUGAAAGCUGUGAAAACCGGACUUGACCCGAUGGAUAAUUUCUCGUCCUAAAAAUCGACAAUUUGAACCUGCUCUGAGAGCAGUUGUGUAAAUGGAAUCCCACCUUCUUUAAACACCGUAGUAAACAUCUACUGCUCCAACCAACAAGAUGAGCUGUUUUGGAGGGAAAAAAAUGGAAAUUGUGGUCUUUCCUAGUGAACCUUCUAGUGUCUUUGAGACACGCCUUUCCUCUUGAUAAAGAGUGUCUUGGCAAAACAUUCAAUUCGCUGUUUGGUGCUCUAAUAUUGAAUGCUACAAAAGUGAUGAAAGCUGUGAAAACCAGACUAGACCUGAUGGAUAAUUUCUCUUGCUAAAAGUCGACAAUUUGAACCUUCUCUGAGAGCAGAACUGAGAACUCACUAGCCCUGCCUGUGUCUGUGAGCGACUUGAUCUCUGUGAGAUCUGCUCAAGACGUCGGACUUCUGACAAAGGCUGAAAUAUGUUUCUGUAGUGAGAACAGAAAGUGACUGUAAAAGAACAUUGCAGCAAGAAUGAUAUUGGAGUGUCUGGAUGAAAACAGGUGAGAGCUCUGAGCUCAAGAGAGCUCAUUGAAUGAGAAAUGGUUUUCACAGUGGAACCCUACUGCCAUGUAAAUAGACUUAAAUGUAGUGCUGUGUUGUGUCUCACCAUUUCAGCGAGAUCUCCAAUCGUAACUCAACAGUGUGACGUCUCAAGUUGUGUCUGUCCAUCUUGAGUUGAAGAUAAUUGGACCUUGAAAAAAAACAUUCGGUUGCAACACGAGAUGUGAAACGAAGCAUUGUCUGCUUUUAACUUAGUUGGAUUUCUCCUGAAUUAUGGAAACACGGUGUAUUCUGAAGACUGUAUGUUAUGUGGUUUUAAACCUUAAAGGGGACCACUCAAAGCUUGUAUUCAGUGAAUUCUGAGCAAUUCACCACUAAAAGGAUAUCUUAACUGUUAGUAACUUGUUUUAUAGAAGAAUUGUGAUAAAUGGUCACAAAAGCUUGUUAUAAAGUGUGCAAGGAAUUGAUCAGGGCCCAAUUUCACAGCACUGUCAAGCCGAAAAUAUUACUAAGUAAAAAUCAGCGAAGUGCCGGUCACAGGUGAUAUACAAGACACGUAUUUGCUGGUAACCUUUGGUAAGCAAAUAUUUGAUGCUUAGUAAUUUUCAGCUCAGCCGCCCUGUGAAAUUGGCUCCUAGCGCCCAUGUGAGGGAGCAGUUUGGCCGAUUUUUUUUUUUCAAUCAUGUUUUUGUUAUUCGCUGAGCGGAACAUUAAUAAGAGAAGUGCUAGCUUUGCUAUAAACUGUUUGAGAUAGCAAUAUUUCUGUACAAAUCAGCUCAGUGAGUCUCUACUUUGACCAGUGAUGUAGUCGAGUCAACCACAUGUCCUCACUAAAGUCAACCACAUGUCCAGCCCUUUCACUUGCGACUGGAUUUGAGAAAGGAUUUGUGAUUGACUCGACUACAACACUGCCUUUGACUUUUAAGUCAUUUGUCUGAAGUCCAGUCUAUUUUUGAAUUGUCGUCUAUCCAUCGUGAUUUCUGUUACAAAGUACAGCCCAUUUGAUUGCUGUAAUUGACGAUAAGUUCAUCAAAUUUCUGUCUUGUUCUUUUAAUCUGUGGCCAAUCAAGUGAUAAAACUGCUCCAGUUUAAUUUAAUAUUGUAAGUAAACUGUUAAAAAUCAGGUGCAAAAGAACAGCAAAAAAGGUGAUCAUAUAAAGCAUUUUUUUGCUGUUCUUUAUGCUGAUUGAAACAAUCUUGAGAAAUCGUCAGGUAAGGAUGCUUAUUUGUGCCUACAGUAUAGUAUUUUUAAAACCGGAAGAUAUAUUUCACAAGUGAACAAAUGUAUAUUUUCAUUUGUGUUCUUUGUUUAAAAGCAUAUUUAUGUUUCAGGAAUCCAUUGGGCAUGAUUUAUUUCAGAUAAUAUAUAAGAAUGAGUGGCCUUCUGUGAUGCCUUUAAAGAAUAUGCAAAGAAUAUCCAGAGUUACUUGUUUCAAACACACAAAUUGUUGCUGGUUGAUGCAACAUAAUUUGAGGAGGAAACUUUAAAUUAGUUCUCAAAGCUGCUUGUCUAACUUGAAAGCUGGAAAGAGUGUAAUUCAUUCAUCAAUGUCUGCAAUUAACUAUUUUAAAUGGGGGGGGGGGUAUUUCUUUUUUAACC